AUGCUAUCUCCCAAAACUUCCUUGUCAUGGCUUUUCACCAGCCUUCUCAUCCCGGCCUGUCAGUCGGCACCUCAUCCUUCGGGAUGCCGACCAGCUGAUCGCCCGUAUUCGGCGUGGAUGGCCGACAGCGUCAUCGCGCGCGGACAGGCCAUCGCGCCUCCGGGCAAACCCGAAUCGUCGAUUGCCUUGCAAAUCGGGUUCUUCCAGACUGCGAUCUUGCGGUUAUUGGAUCACCAUGAUAGCUCUGUCCCUUCGUGUCAAACCACUCGCUGGGAGGAGUAUCUGACGAACAGCACCGCGAGCAUCGCACCGCUUCUGAGGAAUGCGUCGCAAGACACGCAGCUGUUCCCACUUGACAGGCUCUCGACUGCUCGCGGGCUUUUGCACGACUAUGAGAAGACAAACAACACGAUCGACAAGGAAGCCUUGCAUUCCUUAAGACGAUCGAUCGACCUUCAACCGAUCAAUGAAUAUGGAGGACUCUGGUACUUCACCUACCCCAACUGGAGCUAUCUCGACGGCAUGUACUCUCUCAUCCCGUUCAACUGGCUGUACGCCACGCGAUACGACCCCGCCAGCACCAGCUCUAUUGUCGACCAAAGCAUCCGCCAACUUGACCUUCUCUGGCAGCACUGCUACGACAACAGCACCGGCCUUCUGGUCCACGGAUACGACGGGUCCAAGACAGCCGUGUGGGCCAGUUCUCUCACCGGCGCGAGCCCGAUCGUCUGGGACCGCUCGUUGGCGUGGUAUUUCAUGAUGCUGGUCGAUAUGCUUGAGCUGCUGACGUUGAAAAGAUCCCCCGGGGUUGCGGAACAGCGAUAUAUCCGUUAUCUGCGAGGUCGAUUAUCUGCCUUGGCGGAUGCGGUCAUCGCGGUCGCUGACACUAACUCGGGCUGCUGGUGGCAGGUCAUGACUGCUGCGCGACAGGAAGGGAACUAUAUCGAGUCGAGUGGAUCGGCGAUGUUCACAUAUGCUUUGUUGAAGGGCGCUCGGCUGGGAUUCCUGGACUCAGAACGUAUUACCGGAUCGAAGAUAGUGGAGUUAGCGAGCAAGUGCUACGGAUACUUGGCCAAUGAAUUCGUAGUAGAGGAGGGUAAUGGUACGCUUGGAUAUAAUGGAACUGUCUCUGUUUGCAGUCUGAAUUCUUCGGCGACAUAUGAGUAUUACGUCAAUCAGCCUUUGUUGUACAACAGCGUUCAUGGCUCUGCGGCGUUUGUGCUGGCGAGUCUUGAACAUGAGAUGUUGGCGAAACCUGCACAGUGA